AAAAUUAGAUUGUGCAGCAGAUCUCCUACCAGGCAUGGUGAAGACUGUUCAGGGCUUGGGUAAUCAUACAGUUGGUUGUGCUGUGGGUAAACUUAGUCAUGUGUUGGGAAAAGUUGUGCAAAAUACUACAGCAUUGGCUGGAAUUACUGGGAAAGUUUUUACCGGAGUUACGGAUCAUUUUGAAGCAUGCGUCAAGAAUAACUCCCACAAGUCCAUCCCUCAAGCAGCCUGCUUGACAAGCUUCAUAGGAACAACAACCAAUAAAACAGCCAUGAUUACUGAACACCUCGCUGAUACUGCUGGGAAACUCGUUGACAGUAUAAUAGGAACUGGAAAUAUAACUGAUUGUCUGCAGAAAACUAUAGGCAAUGUUAAGGAGACUGUUAUUGAUUUUGCAACAUGUCUCCUGUCAAAUAGUAGCAAGUCAGCCAGAUCUAUGCGCUUCCCACCGUAUCCACUGAUAACAGCCCUCGCAGGACUUGAUACUAUACGUGAAGACGAUUCCCGAAUUCUAGUUGGCAGACCAACAACAACAUCAAGGCAUCCACAGAAGCCGAGAGCCAGUAAGGAGAUGAAGUAUGAAAUCCCGGAAGAAAUCUUAAGGAGCCUUCUAGGAGAACCAUCUGAUGACAUAGACUUCAACAUAGAUGCAUUCUUUGAUGUUCCUGAGGAUACUGAUGAUUGGGAUAUAUUUUUCUGA